ACUGUCCUCAUUUCUAAACCAGUCUCAUUCACUUCAGUAACACACCCACUCAGUGUAACACAUUGCUUAUGGUCACACCCAUCUCGUUGACACCAAACGGAAAGUAAUACUUAAGUGCGUAGGCAUGAAGACGUCAAGUCACGUCUUCAUAUAGGAUAUGUUCAAGAAACAUACCAAAGAUUAUUAAUCUGAUUUGACUUGAAAGAAGACUUGUGAAGUUUGACACAGGUGGUCACAACCAACUGUUUUGCUGUGGUCUGUGGUGUGGAACAACAGUGUCACUGGGUCGACAAAUCAGUCAGCAGCAUGGGGAAGGUUAUAUCUAAAUUACUUGGCAGCAAAGAGAUGAGAAUUCUCAUGCUUGGGCUGGAUGCUGCUGGAAAAACAACUUUAUUAUACAAAUUGAAACUAGGCCAGUCAGUGACAACAAUACCUACAGUUGGCUUCAAUGUGGAAACAGUGACGUACAAAAGUGUCAAGUUCAAUGUUUGGGAUGUCGGUGGUCAGGACAAGAUCCGUCCACUGUGGAGGCAUUACUUCACAGGCACUCAAGGACUGAUAUUUGUGGUAGACUGCGCUGACAGGGAUCGUAUCGAUGAGGCCCGGCAGGAGCUGCAUCGAAUCAUCAACGACAGGGAGAUGCGCGACGCCAUUAUACUGGUUUUCGCCAAUAAGCAAGACCUUCCAGAUGCCAUGAAACCUGCUGAAGUGCAAGAAAAACUUGGAUUGACACGGAUUCGCGAUAGGAAUUGGUACGUCCAGCCAUCCUGUGCAACAUCAGGUGAUGGUCUCCUGGAAGGUCUAACGUGGCUUACUUCCAAUCACAAGUCAUGAAGCUGGCAUUGAUAGACUUUUCAUAGAUAUUUAUAAUGAUAUAAAUUAUACAUAUUGUAUGAAUGAACUGUUUGUCUUACCCAUAUGUACAGUUUCACCAACUUUGAUAAAUGCAAACCUUUUGUUACAUUGCGCAAGUGCUGAAUUUGGAACCAUUUUUUAAUGAUUUGUCCGGAAGAAGAUAAUGUGUCCAUGAACGAAUUUUCUUUGUUUCCGGGUGUCUGAACUGGUUCUUUUGAUCUGAUGAUAAUCUCUAUCUGUUGAAAAUUAACUGUAUGAUCUUCUUAGCACGUUGUUGGGAAUUUAGCUAAGGCCUUUUAUAUGUGGUGUACGCAUAAUGGGGUUUGGGUAGGGCAGUUCAUUGGUUGUUUCCGUGUGUUUGGGGGGGGGGGGGGUCUUGUUUUGGGUUGGGUUGGGUUUUUUUAGGGGUAUGGCACACAUUUGUGAUUUUUUUUAGGGUUUUAGUUGUUGUUUUUUUUUUUUGUUUUUUCUUUCUUGCAACCCUACUGAAAAAUGAGAUUCAAUUUCUCUCAGGGAUUUCAGUUUACAGGAAGCACUUACUUUGUGUUUGCAGUGGUGAUCCCUGAUGAUAGAUUAUGUAAAACUCUGGUAGUAAGUUUCAUUUGUACUCUCUGUGCGUAAAUCAUGUUGGAGCAAGAAAGAAGACAGAAGAGAACACUAGCUUGAAGGUUGGUGUGGGAGGGGGGGGGGAGUGUUCAUAUGUUAUGGGGGUCAGCCUGAACCAUACGAAUUAAAUAUAUGUAUGAGCUCUCAGGAGACUUGUCAUAGUCCCACCGUUUUCUGUGUUUUUUCUGUGAAGCAAGUCUCUUUCAUCUUUUUUGCUGCCUAUAUCAAAUACAUAAAUGUUUGUGAACUGGUCAUAGAAAGAAAGCAGGAAACAUGUUAAAUCAAGGUCAAGAAUAUUUCCAUUUGAUUUUUAAUGGAAUUCAUCAUUACCUGAAAAGUUCAGAGGUAAAGAUAGAAUGUUGAAAGCUUAGUGUGUAAGAAUGCAACUACCUUUUCUGGGUAAAUGGAGAAAUAAAGCAGACAGAACGUAGAGAAAAGACCCUUUGGGUAAGAAAACACUUUUUUACUCACUUGCUUCAUGUAAUAUAUGCAACUGUUUGGAAUGAGACUGUUCAAUAAGAAAAACAAGUUUAGAGCACAAUUAGUAACGAGAAAAAAAAAUACAAGCGUUGUGCUUGAUAUUUGAUAUAACCGUGCUCCUUGGGUAGCUGAGAAUGUCUGUGGGUGUUAAAGGGUCUGCUGGGGUACUGAUAGUUGUUAAGUGCACAGAGAGCAUGCUGUUGAGCAUGGAUAUAUAUAGGCUAUUUAUAUACAAUGAUUAUUGUUAUUAUUAUGAUAUGAAAGUCAGAAUUUCUGUUUGUGGAGGGGUUGCAUGGGGGUGAGACUGAUUUCAAGUAUAUGGUCACGUGGUGUCUUGAUAUUUUGGGAGUUCCGCAUUUCCAGGGGAGUGCCUGCCGGAAACUGGAAAAUCUCAGAUGUUAAUUUUGUUUUACUUUCUUUUUUGUUUCACAAAUAUAUGUGGUAAUUUAUGUCCAGCUUUGUGGAUGCAGUCCAAAAAAUUCCAGAAAUAUCGUUUUUGUAGGAAGCACCCCUACAUUAUAUAAAUGCUGCUAAACUGACCGUGCAUUCUAGAGUCACCUUUUUUCUCCACGACAGGGCUUCACCAUACUGUAUAUUUUUGUCGAAUGACAUGCCCUGGAGAUUGUGUUUCCUUCUUUUGUCUCAGUGGCUGGCUGGGUGUGUAUACAUCAGCUCUUCCUUCUUUCACUGAUGUUUGGCAGACAUUCCUUUAUCUUGGGGUUUUUUAUUUUAUUUUUAUUUGAUUUUGAAUUCUUUCAUUUUUUAAUUUUUUAAAACAUUUUGUUGUUUUUUUGUUGUUUUUCCCUCUCCCCUCUUUACUAACAUUAUGAACAAUUUCCGUGUUACCCCUUGCUGAAUUUUUGCUGUAUUUAAUUUCUGUUUUCAACUGUCAUAAGGCUUUGAGUCUUAUGAUAAGCUCAUGAACUUUUUUGGUAUACAUAUUUUGGUCAUGUAAAUUGCAGCAAAUGUCUCUCAACCUCGCUCUUCCAUUACAAGGAUACGUUGUUUUCUCCAUUUUCCUGUUUUUAAAAAAUAUUUGUUAGUUUAGUUUCAAUAGCAUGCAUGCAUGAUAUAGACAGACACAUUUAAUGUAAUGCACUAAAUAACUGUGGGCUUAAUGGGUGUUCUAUUAAUGUAUUCUCUAGCUAAUUGUAGUCCAUUUUUGUUUCAUUUUAGAGCUUCAUAGUAAAUAUUUAUUCCUGGAUAAAAAUGUUUCAUUAAUACACAACUAAAUUAGAUUGAGUUCACCCUAGGGUAUUCAGAAUGUAUCAAUUUCAUUACAAAUUUUACCCAUCUGUGCAAAGUAGCUAUGGGUUUCAAAUGUUUUGUGCCGCUCGUAAGUUCUAAGUUUGUUCCGACAUUUCUUUCAUAGUCUGAUAAGAGAUAGAAGCCUUGUUGCUAACUUUCUUGCCAGGUUUUAUUUUGUAACCUUCACUGUUUAGACUGUCAAGAUCAAAUUCUAAUAUGAAACCAAAAUCAAUUUAUGAUUCAGAGAUGGACACGCGUUUAUACCAACAUUAUUUCCAAUUUCAAUUUCUUUGUUCUUAGUUGCUCAGAAGGAGAAAAAAAAAAGUGAGUUGAUUCUGUGAUUUUUAAAUUUUUUUUAUAUUUCACUUGGCAAGUACACAAUGUUGCUUGGUGAACACUCAGGAUCAUUUUUCUCAAAGUUGCAGUUGUCCUUGCCCAAUCUUGAGGGGGGAACUCUUGAAUGAACUGUUAAAUGUCUUGUGAUGUUUAUCUAUGCUCCUCUAUGUCUAAAGCAAAUAAUGUCGUAAUGAGUAUCUGGAAAUCAGCUGAGAGCACAAAUUUCAGUGUUGGUACUUUAAGCAGUGUAUGGAUUUCCUGAAACAGUGAGUGUGUAUGGAUGCAUGCGUUGGUAUCUUUGGGCAUGCGGUGCAAAUGUGUGUAAUUGUGUAUCUGUGUGUGUGUAUGAGUAUUAUUAUGACCAGGAUGAAAGGAUGGACCCAGUCAGUAGCUCUGUACAGGUUCCUUUCAGAUUUUGCUUGUUAGGCUUUUCACUUAUAUUUAUAGUCCCUGCUUACUGCAGUUACUGUAAAAUAGUCUUUUCACAGGAAUGUACUUUUUGCACUUUAACUUUUAGAUUAACUGAUGAAAGUUAUGUCCAGCUUCUAAGGAAUCAGUCAUUCUGUUUAAGGGUGAUGACGAGUAAAGGGUAGACCUGUGGACGUUUGAAAAAAAUCAUGGUCCUAUACAUUGUUUGUUUACGCUUGCAGAAAUUACGAGUUUUUAUUGUAGGUUUUGGGGGAUACACCUUUAAACCGUCUGUUUUCGAAGUCCUAACUCAUGGCCUCAAAUUUAUAGUUGGCGUAUAGUAAUUCAAGACUAAAGCCAUGCUCUUUUUGAUGAAUGUUGGUUUUCUCAAAGAUACUUCUUGACUAUUUGCAAAAAUUACAUCUUUGUGAAAAAGAAGCAUUUUACAGUGAGUUAUUUUUGCUUUGAUAUUGAUCAGAUGAGACAAAGACUGUGCCUGCUUUGGUCUUAUCACCAUCGUGUUUUGCCUGGGAUUUUUGCCUUUAUUGUGGGCUUUUUGAGUGUCAAGUGUGUGAAGGAUGAUUUGUACUGAUAAAAUUCUUAAGCCUUGCAUCUCCAUUUGUUGUGAGUGUGUUAUAGGGGUGAAGGGUUGCUCAUGAUUCUGUGCAUGCUAAUGUGCGUGUAUGUUGAGGGGGUGCAUUUUUGCCUUUGUGUGUAUAUGUGUACAAGUUUACGUGUUCAUGUUUAUAUAUUAUGUGCUCCAAAAUAGUGUUCUGGGGAUGCAACGCCAUCAGAGUCUAAACCGUUCCACUUUCCUGCUGUGACAUCUUCUUUAAGAAUCGAAAUCCCAUGGAGAGAGUGUAGUUCCUGUGGAGAGUUUGUAGUUGCUAUGGGUAGUUGGUGGGCGCUCCAGUGUGGUCUGCUCCUUCUGCUGCCUUCCAGUACUUAUAUUGUCUGUUCCUGAGGAAAUGUGGCAGUGAAUAUAAUAAUGGCAAUCACUCAUGGUCCUCAGCAAAUGUCGACACGGAGUGGUCGUCUGGAUUGACUUAUAGUUUGGUUUGGACUCGCAUUGUUUUGGCUUCUCGUUUUGUGUGUUGCUUGAUUUUCCGUGUCAGUCUCCUGGGCCACUCUGGAAGGCCAGUAGUUGUGCAGGGAAAAACACAAGGGUUGAGAACUGCACUUCUCUUGCACUUUGUCUUCUACUCCUCUACUUUUCAUGCUUCUUUAUCUUCUCUUGUUCUUACUCCUCUUCAUGCAUUCUUCUCUUCUUCCUCCCUGUUGUUCGGCUUCUUUGUCAUUUCAUCCUCCUGGUGCCUUUCUUUCUUCUCCUGGCACAUUAGCUUGUUCAUGCUUGGUACAACAAUGCUGAUCCCUUGUCGAGCCUUGAGGGGGGGGGGGGGAGGGCAGCAUAUUGAGCCCUGGUGUUUUCCUGUUGAGAUUGUUCACGUUUACCUAUGAGACUGUAUAAUGCUCCAUUGUUUCUUUGUUUCCAUUUCAUUCAUUGCUCUCUGUUGAACUAUUAUUGCUUGUCUAGAAGUAGGUUGUGUUGGGUUUUUUUUCUUUACAAAUUUUUAUUUUUUUUCCCAUUGUGAUUUUUUUUUACUGGAGGGGUGGGUUGGGUUUGUGUGUAUCCUUCUUGAAAAUAAAAAAAAUCUUAUCGUUUCCUCUCUUCCUCAUUGCAUAGACUUGAGCCAGCGGAUGCAUAGAUCCCCACCUCCCCUCUCCCUCCAACAGUUUCACUGCUUUCCUUGCAUGUGUACAUAAUGUUGACCUGUUCCAAGUGUGUAAAGGUGUUUGAGCACAAAGUGAAGAUGGGUCGGUCCUCCAUCAUUCAUAGCAAGAAGUGAAAUAGAAAGUAAGCCACAGAGUGUGUCCAGAGAGAGCCUGAUGGUCGACCUUGAAUUGCUUUAUUACACACUACUUUUAUAUGUUCCCUGUUUGACAAUAAUUGAGUUGAUAAGCUCAAAGGUUUUAGAACUGUUUGUUGUGUUUGGUUUCAAAAGGUUGUCUCUUUCAGGAAGAGAGUUGUAGGGAUGCUUGCCAUUUGUUGUAGUUGUAAGUUGUAGUUGGCCUGAGAGUUUUUAAUCAAUUUAUUUUUGUCAGUACUUGGAUGUGGAUGGUGUUAUGCUCUAAUCAUGUAAAAGGUUUCUUGAAAAUUUUUCAAUGCACAAAAAUCUCCCUUCUAAUAUUUAAACGGUGAAAGAAAACUCAAAAGUGUGCCCCCAGUACAUAUUUAUGUAAUUUCUAGUCCAUUCUGACUCGUGAUUUUUAUUGAGGACCCACAGAUCGACUUCAGCACUGCUUUUAGAGCUAAAGAAUAGUUGACCUGUUUCUUGCAGUUGCACGGUUAGAGCAUAGCUCCAUCAGUAUAUAUGUGUAGGUGAGGUAGAGCCAUUCUUGGUCGGUCAGGUGUUCUCUCUCUCUCUGUGGACGCAGUGUGCUGAGACUGCUGCUAUGUUUCCCUCCCUCAUGUUCAUAAAAAAUGUUAUGUUUUGUAUGAGGGUCUGUUCUCCUCUAGUGUGUAUAUAUUCUUAUUAUUAUACUAGUACUUGCUAUGUAUACUACCCAUUGAUCAAAAGCAAAGGUACCUGGAGCUGAAGAUGUAGACCUAGAAGUUAGAAACAAACGCGCGCCCCCGCCCCCCUCAUGUUUGUUUGCUUUUUACAUACACACAGGAGGAAUAAAGACUCUCUUGUACUGAGACUCCUAGACAGC